UAGAUUAAUUUUUCUGCAGGAUUUUAAGUAGGAAUUUUAAUUCUUGCAUCAUAAGACCUCAUUAACAGCCAUGAAGGUUCUUUGCGUGGCAGUAGCGCUGAUACUGCUGAUAAACACCGAUGCAUCAGGAAAGCGUCACAAGAUGCAAACUAGCGUGAGAAACGUCCAGGGAGACGAUCCGCUUCUGGAAGUUGAACCGAUUCCCCCGGACACGAUGCUCGGCGAAUGCUCGUGCAAAUGCUGUGAGAACACCCCAGCACCUAUCAUCCAACCAAAAUGUGCCAAUGACAUCAUCAUGGCUGUGGACAGCAGCGCUUGCUUCCGUGACCACCACGCGAAGAUGAUGAGGUUCCUCCGGAAACUAGUAAGAAGGAUCGGAAGAACUGAAAACAUUCAAUACGGAGGAACAGAAACAAGGCUGGGAAUAAUGCAGUUCAGCAGCGACAUUCUCUUCCCUCUCCAUCUUAACUCCUUCGAAGAUUACACCAAUCCAUCAACACGUAGGGGGUUAAUGUCCGGUAUUGAACAAGCCUUAUCUACUCUCGGUUUCCUCGGUGAAGGAUCUUUCCUUAACAAAGCCUUGAACGCGACCGUUGACCAUUUCCAAAGCGAGCCACGCCCGGAAGAACUUCUUACGCAGAUUUCCCCACAAACCCCAAAGCCGGUCGUUAUUUUAAUGACGAAUGGUAAAAGCCACCCAAGUGUGACUAUGGAUGACAUUGAGCUCUCUAUUGCUGGUUUGAAAGCAGCUGGAGUCACAGUUAUUCCAGUUUCCGUCACCCGGGAAUGCCAUGGAGUUCAGAAUGAUGUUUGGAACGAGGGCUUGUGUCCUGAUACAAUCAUUUUGAACAAGUUAGCCAAAGUUGGAAGAGACGAAACCUCAACUUUCUUUGAGAUGAAGUCUCAUGACGUAUUGGCUGACGUCAUCAACGAGCUUACAGACUGUUACUCCCAUGGACCUGCAAACUUAGUAGCACCUUGCAAUAACUGCACUUGCUCUUGCGAGCUUCCCAUCGGACCCAUUGGACCGGACGGACCGAAAGGUCAGAAAGGAGAACCGAUCAAGGGUGAGCAAGGACCAAAAGGAGAACUCGGAAUCCCCGGUAUUGACGGCUUGGACGGCGACAAGGGAGAAGUGGGCAACAAGGGAGACAACGGAGAGAAAGGAGAUAUUGGUCCUAAGGGAGUAAUCGGAGACAUUGGAGCAAAGGGCGACAAAGGCGAAUUCGGCGACAAAGGUGACACUGGAUUCAAAGGAGAAAUCGGAGAAAAGGGAGACCUUGGAAAAAAAGGAAUAAAGGGUACCGUUGGUGAAAAAGGAGACGUCGGGCAGAAGGGGAAUAUUGGGGACAAGGGAGAAAUCGGCGAAGACGGCCCAGAAGGUCCAAAGGGAACCAAGGGAAACCAGGGAGAUCAGGGCGAAAAGGGAGUUGGCGAAAAGGGUGGCAAAGGCGAGACUGGCCCAGAAGGUUCGAAAGGAGACACCGGUAAUAAAGGAAACACAGGAAAUAAGGGUAACAAGGGUAUGAUUGGACUGUGUGGAAAGCCUGGACCUGCUGGAAAACCUGGUGUUGAAGGCGUCGCUGGUUUGGACGGUCUGGAUGGCGGACCCGGUCAACCAGGUAUCCAAGGACCAAGGGGACCUCGCGGAGACGAUGGCGACAAGGGUGAACCAGGUCCACAGGGAGCAUCUGGUUUCCCGGGACAACGUGGUUUAGCAGGAGAGAGAGGACCAAUUGGACCACAGGGUUUGAACGGAGGCAAAGGAGAGAAGGGCGAACCAUCAAGUGAAUUGGGACUCCCAGGGUUGCCCGGAAGUUCUGGUCUAGUUGGUGAACCAGGUCGAGAUGGUGCUGACGGAUUGGACGGCGCACAAGGUGUACCCGGUGAUCGGGGACCAAGAGGGGAACCGGGACCUCGUGGCCACCCAGGGACUUAUGAUUUAGACGAACUACGUGGAGUGAUCAGCGAGAUUGUAAGGGAAUUGUUGCCCGGAGAUUGCGCUGCACCAGCACCUAAUCGGUGCCAGGAGUACCCGGUCGAUAUCACGUUCCUUGUCGACGGUAGCGACUCCAUUGACCGUGAGGAUUUCGACCGAGUUAAACAGUGGAUCUUGUUAACUGUUGACGCAUUUAACCCUGGGGAGAGACGGAACCCGUUGCAUGUCGACGUCGUACAGUUCUCGGAACGCAGCAUGAUAGAGGUGGACUCGGACGUCGCUAGUUCAGCGCAGAUUUCUGAUCAAGUUCAGGGAAUAAUCCAAAUGAGGUCGGGAACUAAGACCUACAGUGCGUUGGAGUUUGUCAAUAGAGAAGUAUGGCCUCUGCUGCGACCUGGCGCUUUUAAGAUUCUUAUCACUAUGACGGAUGGUGACGCCAGUGAGGACAGGAAUGUUGACGCUAUUGAAGAAGCGAACAACAAAUACAACUUAAUGGCAGCUGUUGGUGUGGGGAGCAAGGUUAUAUCGUCCGAGUUGGAAGAUUUCAGUUCUACUGGCAACGUGUUUAACGUGGACAACUUCUCCGCCCUUGAAAGCAUUAUUUCCGACAUAGUGGAAAACAUAUGCGCUGGAAUAAAAGAAAUUGAAGUAGACGAGGAGCCCGCACCCCCGGAUGUCACAACCGACGAAGAUGAUGACGAGGACCAGCUUGACGUCGGCGAUUCAAUCUCCAGCGACGCUAAUGAUAUUUGCGGGCAAGAGCCACCGUUUGGGAAUUGUAACCCGAACGGUGAUACCGAUGUGGUUGGGAAAUACUAUUGGAACAAAGCAAGACAGAACUGCGUCUGGUUCCAUUAUAAGAACUGUCCGGGCGGUAACGUCUUUGACACGGAGGCGGAAUGUGACGAUAGAUGUCGUCCGCUUGUCGCACCUACCACAACUAGCAUCGCCACGACCACAACAGUAGCGCCAACCACAACGACAAUCAAACCAACCCCAACCCCCACAGUUCCAACUGCAGCCCCUACCAGCCCUUCCGGUAUCGGGUGCUCCAACGCGCGGGUUGACCUCGCUUUUGUGCUUGACGGAAGCGCUUCAGUGGGCGAAGAUGGUUUCGUCCUUCUAAGGGAGUUCCUCAUAAACGUUGUCAGUGCUUUCACUAACAUCGGUAACGACGGAGUGCAGGUCGCUAUGAUUCAGUACAAUGAUAAUCCAAGGAUGGAAUUUGACUUCGAGCAAACUGUGGAUAAGACUAGCGUUCUGGACGCCAUUGACGGUCUUGUAUACAUGGGCGGCAACACUAAGACGGGACUUGCUCUGACCUUCUUACAGAGCGCAUAUGAAGAUGCUAGACCGCACUCUGAUAAGGUUGCUGUGGUUGUUACUGACGGAAGAAGUCAGGAUGACGUAAUAAUACCAUCACAACAGUUGAAACGAGAAGGAACUACGAUAUUCGCCAUUGGCGUGGGUGAAGCCGAGAGAAUGGAACUCGUCGAAAUGGCGUCUGUACCGGUUGACAAAUUCGUCUUCUCGGUCGAUGAUUACACCGACAUCGCCAGCAUUCAAGAAAAUUUGAUUAAACAGAUCUGCGGCGUUACUCGUGGAGUGUUUAGAUCCGCAGCGGGAGUGGAUUUCACGCCAGAGGACGACAAACUGAUUCCAGUUGUUACCACUACGUCGCCAAUAUUAGAAGAAGAAUACGAUGGAUCCGGCGAACUUGAAUAUGAAUACGAAGGAUCUUCCUAACUUUAGAGGCUUUCUUCUCACCUACGUCAGCAUAUAUUGCCGCAUGAUCUGGCAUUGUUAAUUCAUUAUCACCGCGCUGUACAGUUCCUAUAGUGGGGGUAAGAUGGGAGAUGUUUACGUUAUCUUUUAUCUUCCCAUUUGAAUUUGCAGAAUUAUAUAACGGUAUCCUCGUGACUUUUAAAAAACGUCGUUGAUUGCUAGAACACGGUUAGGAAAUUGUGACAUUAUGUGCCAACAGUAUCCCAUCUUACCCCACAGUACCCUACACAAAAUGUUGUUUUCAGCAUAUAAGCCGGAUUUUAAAUCGCAACAGCCUGUGCUCUUAGCUGUAGACUGUCUUUGUAUAAAUCAUCGUAAAACAAUUGCCGAAAAAUGUUAAACAAAUUCAAAGUCGAUUUAUAGAUCACUUUUUCUGCGAAGCUGUACUGCUGUAGAUAUGAGAUUAUAAAACCAUCACGGAAAAGCUAUCGUAUUUAAACGUAUACACAAAACAUUCGCACAGUAUUAUAACGUUUAGAUGCCGCUUAAAAAGCGACUUGUAGACAAUACAGCGCCACAAUGUAAAUUCGAACUUUGGGUAUAUUAAAACAUUAAAACUGUAACCUAACUAAUUCGGCUUACUAUUAUAUUGUAGCCCAUUUUGUUGCCCAUGCUUAUGUAUAAUGUCACCGUAAUUAAAAUCACUUUAUAUUA